AUGUCCGCUUCGUGUGGACGUGGGCACAAAAAGGUGCAGCAAGUACAUUGCGAGAUCACACUACCCGGGCAGGGAAUCGCGCAGUCAGCUACGAGAGCGACCCACCAGGGUUGGUGCCCGCCCUUGUUUGGAGGCUCGCUAACACCGGUGUCCGGCGAAGGGACCAGCGAGGGUGGCCAGAGGCAUGGCGGCGUCAGCGGGAGCCGGCCACCCGCCGUCAUGGGCCUGAGGUUCCGGCGCCUGCGCAGAAUGUCCAGCGGAGAAGACGUGGUCACUGCCUCCUCGCCGUCUUCGGGCGCCCAGCAUCUCCAGCAGCCGGGUGGCUCGACGCAGCUACCCAACAAUGGCAGCUCGGAAGAGGAAGAGGCCUGUGAUGGCCUGGCCGAACUGUCGCGGCCCGUGAGGCCACUGCCGAUCAAGGAUGGAUAUCUGCACGUUCUGUCCGGAGACCGCGUAUGGUUCAGGCUGUAUGUGGCACUUCACGCUGAGAAGCUGGACGCUUACUACGAGCUGUCGGACAAGGUACCCGUAAUAUCGGUCAGUCUGGCCGGCUGCGAAGUGGUCACGCCGGACAAGGUCACCGGUUCGGCUCCCGGAGAGGUCUGCUUCCCCAUACAGCUUAUCAAGAAGGUGAGUGGGGAAGUGAAGGUUCCAGCAGCUGCAAACUUGCAGAUUUGCUCUAUACACGGGCACGACGACGUAAUACAUAAAAUGGUUCCAGGAGGGAUGGCUAUGGUGUGA